GCAGCCGUCAUGUUGUAUAUCCACGGAGGAGCGUUCAUAUCAGGCUCCGGGUCAAUGGAGACUUACAAUGGCGUAGCUCUGGCAGCCUACCAUGAUGUCAUCGUCGUCAACUUCAACUACAGACUGGGCGUGUUUGGUUUCCUCAGCACAGGGGACAACGAACUCCCUGGUAACUAUGGAAUGUGGGAUCAACUGGAAGCAUUGAAAUGGGUCAAGAACCACAUAGCUGAUUUUGGAGGGGACGACGAUAAGAUCACUAUCUUUGGAGAAAGUGCUGGGUCUGCGUCAGUUAGUCUCAUGACAUUAGCUAAGCAAUCUUGGGGUUUCUACAACAGGGCUAUCAUGCAGAGCGGGACAGCCUCCUCUCCCUGGAGUGUACUAGACCCAACAACAGCUCGGGACCACGCUUUCAAACUCGGUCGGCUUGCUCAGUGUGGGGAAUCUAUCAGCAGUUCCAGCCUUCUCAGUUGCCUGAAGCAGAAAUCAACAAGUGAUCUCGUGGUCGUUAUGAACGUUAUAUUACGUGACGCCGUGAAGGCAAAGACUAACAUCAUCCCGUUUGUGCCUACUAUCGACAGAGAAUUUCUCACCGAAAAUCCGGCAGAGCUGUACAAACGUGGAGAGUUCAAGAAGACCGAUGUUAUGAUCGGUACCAUGAGGGAUGAAGGUGCCAUGAUAGCAUUUGAAGCCUUCCUUCCCCGCUCCAUACUUGGAGAUCUUUUAAUCACCGAGAAGAUUUUUGAUGAGCGUCUUAGUGACUACAUCUACAUCAAGCACGACCAGGCGAUGGUGGACCUAAUCCGAGAACACUACGUGGACCCAGGUCAGUCCAAGUACUUCCGGCCGUUUUCGAGUCUGACUGGCGACGAGGCCUUCGUCUGCCCCACCGAUGCUGUCGCUAAAGCCUUUGCUUCGGCCAACUCCAAUACCUACUUGUACCAGAUGACCCAUGUUUCGUCGUUCCAUCUCUUGCCCCUGCCCUUUAAUGAUAUUGUUCCUCACGGUGAUGACCUCGCGUAUGUCUUUGGCAGCGCAUUCAUGCAAGGUUUAGAUCGACCAGUCUCAUUGACAGAGGAAGAGAUUGGUAUGUCGGCAGAUAUGAUGAGAUACUGGACCAACUUUGCCAAAACUGGCAAUCCUAACAUGGAAAGUAAGAGAGGUGUAGCAAGGGUCAGUUCCAAGACAUGGCAUAAGUUCAACGCACAGACCUUAUACUACAAAGACUUAUCGCCGUCAAUGGUGGAUAGACAGCGUCUCCGACAGGACGAGUGCUAUCUCUGGAACGUACAACUCCCACAGAUGGUCCCCAGUGAACGCAACGAAGAAGUGCCAUCCCAGCAAGAGAUCACGGAUGACUUACCGGAGCCGAACAACUUACCGAUACCGGGCAACCUCCUGACAAUUAUGCUCAUUGGUCGCAACUGAAAUGGUAGAGUGGCAUGGGCCGCAGGGCAAGUCAUGCCAGUACUGGCUUUUUUUUUUCAUCUGCUCAAAGAGUUGGGUCUGCUUGAUUAUUUUUCUUUCUAAUUACUCAAAUCCUAAAGAUGGUUUCGAAUUUUGCUUUGAUUUAUAUGCAUCAGAUUUCUUCAAGCAUUCCAACAUUUCUUUUUGUCUCUUAUUCUGAGUCCAAAUGUGCGAUUGGGAGUCCCACUAGAAUUCUACAAAAAACGUUCGAUUCCAGUGAAGUUUGUUGAUAAUUUAUAAUAACAAAUUUUAGAUAUGGUAAAACUGGAGCUUUCUCUGCGAGGAUUAAUUUUCAUGUCCUGUGCAAAGCGGUCUCUUUCUUUUGCCCAAGAGUUUUAGCCCUAAAAGACUUCAAGCUCCAAGGAUACUAGUGACAGCCUAUACGUUUAGUACCUGAACCGCAAACAUUGCUUAACUGGGCGUACUUUCUCAAUCCGGGCCUUCUCAGUAUAUCGUAUGGGUCGUUUUAAAAUGUUAUAGUUGCAGUAUACUACAGUUUGGCUAUUACUUUGAGAACUGCCCACUAAAAGUUAAAACCUCAUCAACUUUUUUUUCUGUUAGGAAACGAAUGUUUAAAGGUAUUUCCGGCAAUUGGGUCAUUCUUCUCCACCACUCAGCUCGGAUAUGAUACAAUAUUGGAUGCCCCCCCCCCAAAAAAAACAAUUGAUGCAGGGUUGAAACACGGUAACAAAUCUGCUUGAUUAAUAAAUAUGAAGAAUGUUAAAUCUCAUUACUUUUUAAAGCCAAAGUCUGAAGCACAUUAAGUUCACAUUAGAGUCAUUUAGAUGACAAAUUCCUAUUGUAUUUUGGCUCUCGUAUUAUGUUUUAAUCUUCAAAUAAAGCAUGAUUUUCGUAAUUUAAUUGAGACAAACGUGAAAAAUAAAAA